GGGCGGCUUAACGCGUCGGUCCGCUCCAAUGCAGCAAGUCCGUUGAGUAGAAUAUACUUGUCUAGUUAGGCAGUGCAUGCAUUAACACUUUGCGCGUAUGUAGUCCUUGCCUGCACCUACUCGGCGUCACAAGAUAAUAAGCCAGUACUUUGCCCUUUGACUCAUAAAAACGUGUUAGUGUUAAACUUCUAUAGCUUCCAAUAUGCGCCGUGCAGUGGCGCAGCUGUUUUCGGCGUCGACGCCAGGGGCAUCGUGGCUUGCAGAGUUAACAAGUGCCAGUAACCAGCACGUCGUGCGGUCCCUUGGAGAGACGUCUACAAGCUACAGCGGCGUAAAUGCUGAAGGGCCGUUCCGAGUACUGACACGGGCCAUGAGCGGCAAGGGUGGGAAGGGUGGAAAGGGCGGACCCGCCUCCAAGGCCGCGCCCCCACCCCCACCUCCGCCAGCACAUAAGGCGGUACCUCGUGACAGCGUUCUCGCAAGCGCAGGCGCCCGCCUGCGCAGGAGCCGCCCCGGCCUGGAGCCCAUCGCCCUCCUCACCGCCCAGCAGCGCCAGCUCGCGGAACAACUCAUGCAGCAACCCGCCGCUCCCGCCGCCGCUGACGGCCCCGCCGCCGACGCCGCCGCCAGCGCCUCCGAAGCCGCCACCGCCGCCCUCCGCGGCCUCGUCCCGCUGGGCCUCCCGCUGGAGCGCCGCGACGUGGCUUCCCUGGUGGACCAGGCGCUGAGCGGCGCAGCGGGGCAGCACGUGCACUUCCAGCCCUUUGUCUUCUCCAACGUGUUCCAGAGCGCGCCCGCUGCCGCCACCUACGUGGCAGCGGCGCUGGAGAGCGGAGUGGGGUGGCCGCGCAUCGAGCGGUUCUUCCUUGCGGCGGUGGAGGCGGACAGCUGCGUGCGGGGGGUCAAGGUAGUGAUCAGCGGCAGGCUGGGUCGCAAGGCCGGCAUGGCCUCCUCCCGGAGCUGGGAGUGGGGCGAGAUGAAUGUGAUGGCGCUGUCCGACAGGCUGGACUACGGAGCGGCGGCAGCAAACACACGCAUGGGGGCCGUGGGUGUCAAGGUGUGGUUCCGCUACAAGACCUCGGCCGUGAAGGACGUCUUCUUCCCGGCCAUGGGCGGCUCACACUACCGCACCGCACCCGCCGCCGGCGCCCUGCCGCAAAUCAGCUUGGACGAGCUGUACGGCGCCGCUGUCAGCCGUACGACACGUGUCGCCCUGCCGUACAGCUUCAGCACGGUGGGCUGGUGGGAGCGUUCCGCGUCGCAGCAGCCGGUUGAGAACCGCGUGUCGGAGGUGUUUGUGUCGGACUUCGACCCACGGGUCGGCGACCGACUGGACGCCUACCUGCGGCGGCGGCGGGAGGAGGGGCGGAAGUUCCGCAGUGCGGCGGAGCGGCUGUCGUACAUGGCGACCACUGGCAGGUUCCUGGCCAGGCAACGCAAGGCGGCUCAGCUGCGGGCGGCGGGCCUCAAAGGCGGGGCGGCGGCGUCCCUGGGGCGGCGACCCGACCGCGCACUGGGGCGGGUGCGGGCGGGGCCGGUGCUGCUGCGGCAGAGGUUGGAGGCCAAGGCGGAGAAGAAAUGAGAUGGGCGAUUUUUAAGGAUGGAGGUUUGUGUCUUGGGAAGGCGUGCAUGAGGUUGUUCGGCGGAUGCACGGCUUGGACGAUUAGAAAACGGGAAGUUGGGGUGACCUGGGCGGGAGGAGGAGGGGAGACCGAGCGUUAGUAGCGGGGUCGCGUAGCAUGCAUGACGUGCAGUACAUCGGUUGCGGACUUUGGGUUACGUAACUGGAGGCCUUGAAAGUAAAUUUUGUUUUACUUGGACCGUGUGUAGGCCAGCUGGUUGGCCAGGUGUGCCAGCAGCUGAGCCAUCGACAUUUCAAUGGAAGCCCUCGUUACUUAUAAAAGAUAACAUCGGGACAAAGCUUGUAAUGCAUGGUUACAGUAUCUUCACGCUGCAACGUUUCUCUUUGCAGCUGCAGCGGACUUUUUACUCGUCCGCUGGCAUGUUUACCUACUUGCAAGGUCCCCUUGUCGGCAAAACGAAAUCGGCUGGCACGAAGUUGCAAAACGCAAUCAGACUUUUAUUUCGUACAUCAAAUAGCGCGUACUCUUCACUAGCAGCUCAGGCCGAUGAACGUGUCGGCCAAGCCAGCGCAAGUCAACUCAUUCGCUUGAAUGAGCUAGGCAUACUUCCUUCCGUGGCGAAGCACUGGGACGCCAGCACAGCGGACGCGGAGCUCCGCAAUGCGGCAGCCAGCAGCAGCAGAGCCCCAAAUGGACGACCCACCGCGGUGCAGCUGGCGAUGGCGCAGCGUGCUGGUGUAACGCUGGGCCCGGAAGCCACACGCAAGACCGCUGCUCUCGGCCUCGCCGCCGUACAGCCGCCUUCCGUACAUUCCCUUGCCGUACUGUACGGCGUGCUGGAGUACGAUGGUGCUGUACCGAGCUGCGAGGAAGCCGCAAGGCAGCUCAUCAAAGCCAUAGCCCAGACACGGCCACACCAGCACCCGCUGGACUUGGACCUAUCACCUGUGGCUCUCAGCCAGAUGAGUGAGCUGUUCAACCGACUGGGCUACAUCGGGCGGCCGCCCUUCUCGUACGGCAGUGCUCAGCUGCUGGCGUUAUGCGCUCGAAGCAUACUGGUGGAUGUGGAGGAGGAGUCGCGACUGCGGCAGCUGCCGGGGCUGCACCCCCACCAGGCGGCGCUCAUCCGCCUGCUGCGCCGCCGCCGCGCCCCUCCCGGCACCCGCGGCAUGCCGGCAGUGGGGGAGCUAGACCUAGACGCAGCGCCCGCGUCCGCAGCAGCAGCAGCAGCAGCAGCAGCACCCGAACCGGGCUCCUAUGCAGGCACGUCAGCAACAGCCGCCCCCACAGGCGGAGUGAGCCGGCUAGCCGCUGCUCGCAACCUGCUGCAGCUGCUGCAGAACCACGAGCUCUCCGCCACUCCCCGCGGACCCGCCGUGGAGGCGUUACGAGCGUUAGGGCACUGGUCUGCCGUACCACCCACCACGGGGGAGGCACUCAUGCUGGCGGGGGAGCUGCGGAACAGAUGCAUGAAACCCACGCAUGCGCAGCUGGCGGCGCUCCGUACGGCAGGGUAUGGCGGCAGCCGUACAUGUGACAGAAGUAGCAACAGCAGCAGCAACAGCAGUAGCAUGGGUGAUGUUGUGGAGGCGCCGGUUCCGGAAAGCGUGGCACAUGUGAAGGCAAUCCUGCGGGUGCUACGGCGGGCGGAUAAGGACGCUGCCACGCCUGCCAGCCGCGGGGAGCUCAGGGAGUGGGAGGAGCUGCGCAGGAGGGCGCCGGCGGGGGGCCAUGCGGCGGCGGCAGCGGUCGCCAGGGUGCAUGGAGGAGGAGGAGGUGGCGGCGGGAGCGGGAGAGUAGGGACACUGGGGCCGUGCCCAAGUCGGUUGGAGGUUCGUACGGCUAUUGAGGAGCUGCCGUUGUCGGAGGAGAUGCUCGAGCGGCUGUUGGACUUGGGUUGGUCCGGCCCCUUGCCGCCGAACCAUGGGUCCGCCAUGGCGCUAGAGACCUACCUCAUCCACCACCGGACCACUUCCACCGCUGCACCGCCCAACAGCACCAACCAGGGCGCACCUGCUGCUACUGCUGCAUCGUCUGCUGCGCCGGCAGCAGCAGCUCGGGCAGCAGGCGGGACUGCCAUGUGCCGAGUAGACGACAGUUCGCCGCACGGGCACUACCGCCGUACCGGACAGCAGCAGCAGCGGAGUCUGCGGGAACAGCGGCAUCAGGCGUUUGUUGCGCGGCUAGGACGCAGCGAGGAAGAGGCGCUUUUGAAAAUUCAAAUCCGAGGUUUAUUCCCGGGUGCGGUUUCGGAGUGGUACUUGCCAAGCAUGUGUAAGGAGGAGGCGGAGCUGCUGUUGGGGUGUUUGGUGGCGGCACGGAGAGCCGUACUGCAGCGGGUGUCGUACGAUGACGUGUCAUAUGAUGGGUUUGUGGAGCGGUGGGGUCAGGCGGAGGUGCAGGGGGAGUGGUGGGGCAUGGAGUGCUUGUGGCAUUAAGGUGCGCUGGGGUUUCCGCCGUGUGGAGGUUCAUGGAGGGGGUCUAUGGUGUCAAAGAGGUCCGCACGUCCUCCUCUGGUUGGGAGGAGGGAGGGAAGGCAGGGGAUGGCAGGACGGAGUCGGGAGCGACGCUCCGAUGGCCAACAUGGCUUAUGAUGUUUGUGGGGAUUGAGACGCCGUGGCUAACCGGAUGCGCACCUGACGCAGGAAGGCUGCUCUGUAAGGGUGAGGAUGAGAGCUGGC